GCCGUUUCGGUUCAGGCCACCGAGAAGGUGGAAGGCAGGAAAAACAAGCAUCACAAAAGGCCCCCCCCGGGUUCAGAAGGUCUGCGGCAGCUAUGCCCGACAAGUCGGACAACCCCAUGCGCCAGAUCAAGGUCGAGAAGCUCACCCUGAACAUCAGCGUCGGCGAGAGCGGGGACCGCCUCACGCGCGCGGCGAAGGUGCUGGAGCAGCUCACGGAGCAGCAGCCCGUCUUCUCCAAGUGCCGCAUGACCAUCCGGUCUUUCGGCGUGCGCCGGAACGAGAAGAUCGCGUGCCACGUGACCGUGCGGGGCGAGAAGGCGGAGGAGAUUCUCGAGAAGGGCCUGAAGGUCAAGGAGUACGAGCUGGUGAAGCGGAACUUUGCCAAGAACGGGAGCUUCGGCUUCGGCAUCACGGAGCACAUUGACCUGGGCAUCAAGUACGACCCGAGCACCGGCAUCUACGGCAUGGACUUCUACGUGCACUUGUCGCGCCCUGGCAACCGUGUGAUGUUCCGCAAGCUGAAGCGCGGCAAGGUCGGCUUCGCCCACCGACUCAAGAAGGACGACGGCAUGAAGUGGUUCCAGACCAAGUUCGACGGCAUCAUCCUGAACAAGUAACUGAGCAGGCUUCCCUUGGCACAGGGGGCUUGAGGUGUCCUGCGAAAAUUGAAGGGCAGGAGCAGAGGGCGUAAGGCAGGACAGGUUCAAGCGAACAAGUGUGGCCGCCGCGGUAGCCCACUGGUCUUGCCGCCCGUAACGCACGCCACGACGUCCCUGGCGAUGCCGGGGUGGCCCGGUGAUUCAGAGGCAUGUAGGGCGUCCCCCAAAGGGCCUCCCCAUCCGACACAGCGAGCGGUGGACCUGUCUCGGGGCGACCCCCAAACGGGCCUCCCCGUCCGACGCAGCGAGCGGUGGGCCUGUCGCCCUCGGCAGAAGGCGGCGGACGUGAAGCGAGGGCAGGUCCGCCAGCGGAAGCCACCGGAGGAGUGGCGGACGCUGGCGGAAGCGAAGGUGAAUGAGUCUUCC